UAUUUCUGAGCUCCAAUAUCCCUUCUUUUGAUAAAUAUAGGUUUUGUGGACAGGAACCCCAGUAGAAUAUCUCCACAACGAUAUACGUCCAUGCUCUAAGUCUUCCUUACCCCGCAGUCUCCUGAGACCAUUUGUUCGACGUUUCGGCCAAGUAUUCUUAAACUCGAAUGACAUAACACUUGCAGGAUAAUGUGUGGGGAAAAGUGUGGAUAUUAUCCUUUCAAAAAGUAUUUUACUUAUAUAUUAAUCAUAGUCACAGGCUGCAUCAAUCAACACUACUAUUAUCAAAAUGACGAUUUCAGUAGUAGGAAAACCUUGUUUUAACAGAAUUGACACGCACUAUGGAGCUAGAGUUGUGACGUCAUAAUGGUAUAAUGUCUUGCCGCGAUGCUGUAAUUGUUUAUUACUUGGAAACAGUUUACGAUUUUUCCUAAAAUAAAAUAAUUGUAAUUGGUCAUAUUCUGAAUUAUGACGUAAUAGUUGAUAUAAUAGCAAACCAUUAAAUAUCCCAAAAUUCGAAAAAGGAAAUAAGUCAUUACAUACGUAAUAACAAAAAGUACUUGGACCAGGUAAAGCUUGGUGAAUACGUUAAUAGGAGAAAACUACAUUUUUGCACCGAAACAUUCGGCACAUGAUCAUAGCAUAAUUCAACAUGACUCAAAAAGCACAAUGGUUUCUUCUUCUAUGGUUAGGCAUCCUCACAAAUUGGGUUGCCUGCAUAACACCCAAUGGAACGCAUGUACUAAUGAACCAAUUGCUAGAUGGGUAUGACAAGCGAGUGCGGCCAUAUCCCCCAGGAGGUGGCCCUGUCGUCAUAAGACUUAACACAUUUAUUCACGCCAUGGGCUCUUUCAACGUUCACACUAUGGAUUAUAUGGUCAAUCUAUAUUUUCGGAUGUAUUGGACAGACAGUAGGCUGGCGCAUAACUCCACAAACGAGACACUCCAGCUGUACCAUACCCAAACAGAGAAUAUAUGGCUCCCAGAUCUGUUCAUACCUGUAGAAAAAGAUGGACGAGUUCAUGAAAUUACCGUUCCGAAUAAACUUUUACGAUUAUCACCCGACGGGGAACUAGUGUUAAGUCAGAGAUUAACACUGGUAAUGUCAUGCCAAAUGUACCUGUACAAGUUUCCUAUGGACAAUCAAACAUGUAGAAUUCAAAUUGAGAGCUAUGGCUAUAGCACAGCUGACAUGCUCAUCGAGUGGAGAGAGCCUGAACCCAUACAAGUACAAAAAGAUGUGUAUAAGCUUCCGGAGUUUCACUUAACAGGAACAAUCCAUGGAGAUUGUACUGCAAAAUAUGCUACGGGGGCUUUCGCUUGUAUUUUUGGUGACCUGCUCUUGAAACGUGAUCUUGGAUUCUACAUCAUCCAGACGUAUAUUCCGAGUAUUUUGAUCGUCUUACUCUCUUGGGUGACAUUCUGGCUUGACCCAGAGUCAGUAGCAUCUAGAGUGUCUCUUGGUGUUCUUACCGUUUUAACAAUGACAACCCAGGCUUCAGGAUUGUCUUCCUCACUACCAAAAGUUUCGUACGUCAAAGCAAUAGAUGUAUGGUUGUCUACGUGUCUAAUCUUCGUGUUUGCCUCUAUGUUAGAAACCGCUAUAGUGAAUCUUCUCUACAGGAGAGACAUGAGGGAACAUAAAGAAAAAGAAAGAAAGUUGUUGAGACAAUCUGUUCGGGAUCAGAUCCUAGAGGAAGAACUUUUUGAGACAGUUGUUGAUGAAAGCGAGCUUAACAUAAGUGAGGAACGUAAGAAUCGGUAUUCCUUGAACAACGACCAAAUGGUGCGCAUAUUAAGCUCGAGGAAAAGUACGGAUACCGACAGACUGGAAGCGGCAGAUAUAAGGUCAAGAGCAUUAUACGUGGACAGGCGAUGUAGAAUCUUUUUCCCCUCGAUAUUCAUCCUUUUCAACACAAUAUACUGGCCAGUUUUCAUUAAUUUGGACUAUCUAGCUGAUUUAGAUCACUAAAUUACCAAUUACACUACAACUGUUAUAAAGGCAUUGAUCUGACAUCAAUCAAUUCAAAGGUAGAAAAAUAACAUUUUAUGACCCUGGUUAUUUUUUCCAUGAUACAUUAUCACUGUAAACAUGGCAAACGCUAAUUUCACCUUAUUUUAAGUAUCAGAGGCUCUGAAUAUUUUUUUCCCAAAAUGGAUACAACUCUGAAGUCAAAAUUUAAUGAGUAAAUCAAAAAAAUAUGCACCUCCGGUUUUGAACAAGGAGGAUUGGCUCCCAGAGUGCAACAUCGAUAUUCCAUAUCUGUUCCAUAUAUGGGCAUGUCGUUAUACAAAAUUCGAAUUCAAACAGCCGCCAUUUUGUUCACUUCAACUCACAAGAAAUGAUCGAUAUAUUGGUGCGAAUCUUUUGAAUCGUUUAUUUUGAAUUUAAAGAC